AUGAAUGCUCGCUUCUGCUUCUUCAUUGACGGCCUGAAUGAGUACACAGACGAUCAUUAUGAGCUUGUCCAGUAUUUGCAACUUCUUGUGGCAUCCAAAGUGGUGAAGUUGUGUGUUUCAAGUCGACCUUGGAACGCUUUUACUUCGGCCUUUGGCAACAUCGAGGACCGCACGCUGGUGCUUCAAACCCUGACUCGCUCCGAUAUGCGAGACUACAUGAAAGGCAUGCUGGAGGGGGAUCCACGGUUCAUGAAGCUCGCCCAAGCGGACGAUCGAGCUCAUGAUUUGACCACCGAGAUACAAAAGAGAGCUCAAGGCGUCUUCCUCUGGGUCUUUCUCGUCGUACGAUCGCUGCUUAGAGGACUCACUGAACAAGACGACAUUCCGAUGCUCCAGAAGCGACUUCGCCAACUUCCAACUGACCUGGAACACUUCUUUCAGCUCAUCCUGGACUCGAUCGACAGCGUCUAUCAAGAGUGUACGGCACGCGCUCUACUGAUCGUCUUCGAAUCAGGCCAGCCCCUGUCCAUGAUGGCGUUCUGGUAUCUUGACACCGACCUUGAAAAGCCAGACUUUGCACUCAAGCUCGAUAUCAAGCCCCUACCGAAGGAAUCUGACGAUCGAUAUCCCAUGAUCGUGGCUGCACGUGUCAAUAAGUGGUGUCGAGAUCUGCUCGAAGUAGUCUGGACUCCGACUGAUGACAGCGGUGAGGACAUAGUACAGCUGUUCAAGGAUACCUUGGUAGAGCGCGCAGGUCCGGACUUCAAUGCCUCACUCGCAAUUUGCCGACUGUACCUAGCCCUAGCAAAAUCGGUGGACCCGGCUCAUGGCGACGAUGACGAUAGUGACGAUGAUGACUAUGAAGCCUUACAGCCUUUUCAACGCAUCUGCGAUGUUAUAAUGCGUGCAGCAGCGACCUACGAGAUCAAAUGCAACGAAACACCGUUUAGGCUGCUGGAAGAGCUCAGGCGUGUUGGACAACAUUAUCAUCAGUGGGGAGCACCGUGGAGUUCGGACGACGAUGACAGCGAGACCUCCAUCGAAAAUACUGACUUCCUCUCACUUGCGAAAGCGCACGGGCUGAAGCUGUACUUGAGGCGGCUGGUGAGGCUACAGCAGGGUAUCGAUGAUCCCGGGGAGUCUGGGCUACAGGCAACGGCAGGUGCUGGGUCCCUGCUAAUGCCUCCUGCGAGAACGCAUCGCAUCAGUGUCUCUAGCCGCGGAUCAUCGGUAUUGCGCCUACCAAAUGCCGCCGCAAAGGACGGUGCGACAGAUGAUGGAACACAGAAAGGCGAGAAGCGCCGCUCCUGGCGAAUGAAGUUCAAACAGCUUUGGUGCAACACGUAA